UUCAUUCUUUGGCCUGGAAUUUUGUAAAAUACUGGGUUUCUUCAUGGACAAAGGCUGUUCUCAGUUUGGAUGAAACCACUCUAUUCAGACUUGUUGAUAGUUGUCGGGUUGUAAAAUCGUCAAAACGAUACGAAGGGGGCCAGACAGGCAAAACAGACGGUCAAGAGAACUGUGAAAGGAAACGGAGUUUCACCCCCUCCGACUGUGUAAUCUGACGAAGGAUUUUACGACAAAGCUGGAGGCAGAGAGUUAAGAAACAUUCCAGGUUGUUCUUAAUUUGUUGUUUUGCUAGUUUUAAGGGCACGUCGAGAGAAAACACGGACGCCAUCUGAGGGCGGGAAGGGGGAGUUUUCAGAGUUCUUUUCUCUUUAGAAUGAAGUUGGAAACGCGAUCCCCAGGUUAUCAGUGGAGUUUUGCAAGAGGACAAUGUGUAUGAGAAUAUGCAAGAAUCACAGGAGGUCCCCAUGUCCAACCACCUUGACGAAGUCAUUGCUGCGGUCAGCGACACUGCUAAGAAGAGAAUCCCGAACAAGCUGUUCCAGACAGCACUGUUCCAGCCCCCUCGAGAGAAACUCCACCUGUGUGAAGAGAAAGCAAAGUCCCACUUGAGCAACCGUGAGUACAAACAGGCCAUCCAGGAGCUUGUGCGCUGUGUGGCACUGACAAGAAUUUGCUACGGCAGCUCACACUGGAAACUAGCAGAGGCGUUUGUUAAUCUGGCUCAAGGCUACCUCCAGUUGAAAGGGAUGUCCCUACAAGCAAAGCAGCAUGCAGAAAAAGCCAAAGAAAUCCUGGCUAGCUCCAUGGAGAGUCCCUACCACGAUAAUACAAAUGUCUUCAAGUGUUCCAUAGAGCUUUUCUACACCACGGGGAAAGCAAUGCUCGCCCUGCAAAAAUUUAAAGAGGCCGUGGAGAACUUGUUAAAAGCGGAAAGACUUUCCAAGGAGAUGCUGCAGUGUGGGAACAUGAUAAAGGAGGAGUGGGUAGAAAUCCAAGCGCGGAUCAAGCUGUCGUUUGCACAGGUAUAUCAAGGUCAGAAAAGAUCAAAAGAAGCUUUGCCCUACUAUCAAAAGGCUUUGGAAUAUACUGAGACCAUCAAGGAUGAAAACAGUUUCGAGUGUGUACCAGUGCUAAGGGAACUGGCAGGUGUGGAGCAAGCCCUGGGAUUCUACGAUGCUGCUGUCAAUCAUUUCUCACGGGCACAUCUCAUCAUCCUGAGUAAAAAUCCCUCCCCAGAGGAGGCUGCAGACUCUGCACACUUUGUUGCCCGGGCUGCUGUUGCUUCUGGGAAGCACGAGCACUACGAUAUGGCCGAGCAGUAUUUCCAGGAAAGCAUGGGUCACGUGAAGGAUUCCGAAGGAGCAGGAAGAGCCAAGUUCCUUUUGAUUCAAGACGAAUUUUGCAAUUUUCUGCAAAUCACUGGACAAAAAGAAAGAGCCACCAUGAUCCUGAGAGAGUCCCUGGAAGCCAAAGUCGGAGCAUUUGGUGACUUCAGCCCUGAGGUGGCAGAAACAUACCGGUUCCUGGGCAGGGCAGACCUGGCCCAGGGAAACCACAGCAGAGCUCACAUGAAACUAAAGAAGGGAAUUAGGGGCCAGGGAGAAGACCCUUCAAUCACCAAAGAGUGUGUUCAGAUUGAGACGUUCUUGUAUGGAUCGCAGGACAAGAGGACCCUGGCCACGCAGCAGACCAUAGACACACUGUCCAAGAUCUCUGAGGUUGCCGUGAAGCCGAGGCAAUCUCCGAAAACCAAGGCAGCUUUCUGCACCAGCAUCCCUCAGAACACCGUGGCAGGCAAGGCCAAGCACAGUGUGGCAGACUGAGCCCCCCCAUGUACCCCAAAGAAAGCUCCACGAAAGACUUGGCAUUGCUUUUAGGAUGCUGAACAACUCUCUGUCCAACUAGAAGGUGAAAUUUAGCUGUCGCUGCAGGUUUUUAAGGCUGUUUGCAACAGCACUACCCUUGACUUCCAUAUCUCAAGUGCGGACGCCCUUCUAGAUGACCUUUUGCUUUGGUUAUUUUUUUUUUUUUUUGUCACUUUGAUAAUUCUCUCACCAAGGAGAAUGUCCCCUGUCAUCUCUACCGUGUCGGAAAGACUCUUCUGAAGUUGGAGGUUUUUUGCAGGAAAGAGCGUGCCCCCGAUUGCAGGUAGAGCCCCUGCACAGUCCAGAGCCGCCUCUGUUGUAGCAAGACUGCACAAAACCUUCCUUAGAGGAAAGUAAUAGGGACCGAGAAGAAAAUGCCAAUAAAGAGAAACUUGUGUUAUUGUCAAUUUGUGUGUUUAAAAUGAAGACUGGAGGGCUGGAGAGAUGGCUCAGUGGUUAAGAGCAUGGCCUGCUCUUCCAAAGGUCCUGAGUUCAAUUCCCAGCAACCACAUGGUGGCUCACAGCCAUCUGUAAUGAGGUCUGGUGCCCUCUUCUGGCCUGCAGGCAUACACACAGACAGAAUAUUGUAUACAUAAUAAAUAAAUAAAUAUUUAAAAAAAAUAAAAUAAAAUAAAAUGAAGACUGGAGUUGGCGAUGUGGCUCUAUGCCGGAGCGCUUUUCUGGGCUCCUUGAAGCCGGUUAUGGUUUGAAAGUGAAAUGCCCCUCAUAGACUCGUGUUUGAACACUUGGCCCCCACUGCUCUUGAGGCAAGGGUCUAGUUGGAUGAAGUGGGCCAUUGGAGAUUGGCCUUGAGGUUUCUUAGCCUGAGUCCUACUUUCUAUCUACUCUCUGCUUCCAGACUGCAGACUCUGUGUCUCUGCCUGGUGAUUCGGCAACCUACCUUCCCCACCAUGGUGUGUAUGUAUUUAUGUAUGUAUUAUGUAUGUAAUAUAUUAUUAUGUAUUAUGUGUGUGUAUAUAUAUA